AUGGAGGUUCCUCCCCCUUCGUAUCAAGCUAUUAGUAUUGACUAUUCAGCACCCCCAUACUCCGAUUCUCCAAGGUCCACCGACAUAAUACUUCCUGAUGACCCUCACACUUUUUUCGACCCUUCUCGCUUCACGAAUUUCAACUGGAAGUACAAAUCGAGUCAUAUGUCCAUCGAUUUUGGUCCAAGGAUAUGGGGACUUGGCCAUCCGGCUUAUGGUCUAGGUGGCACAAUUCAGUUUUCAGUUCGAACGAACGGUGUAGACCCAAAGGCUGAAGAUGUGUCCGCUGUGCUAGAGGGAACACUGUUUUCGUCCAUCACGAGAAAAAGCAUCCUUUUCAUGUCAGCGGCCAUACCUUCAACUUCGAGUGCACCCCAGAGAGGAAAUCAGAAGGAUGUGAGAGGAUUCACAAUCAAAAUCCCUUCUACAGUAGGUGGCGGUCUCACGAGUUCCUGCCCUCCGUCUUUUACGAUGUACGACCUCUCUGGGAUGGUAUACGAGAUAACAUACCGCGUCAAGAUACGCCUUACGGGUCUACAAGGAUUACGGGUCUGGGGCGAUGAAACCAAGGUCGUGCACAUCCUCUACCUCCCUAAAUCACGUCCGUCAAUACCUCCGUUAACUAGUAUACGGAGGCCCCUACAAGCCCGGGAUGGAAGCAUAUUCUGCCCAGAAUUCGAUUCCUCAGAUUCCACCCGAACAUUCGCUCUUUCUCCCCGAUUCCCUCGCCCUCGUUCUACAGGAGCAGAAACGGAAUUCCAUAGCUCAAUUUUCGUUACUCUCCCUCGCUCGCUGUGUUUCACAUCUGGUCUACAGAUACCCUAUCUCUUUAGUUUCGUCUUCCCUUCGCAUCCUCAUUUAAGUACCUUGUAUGCAAAAUCCUUCAUUCAAGUCACGAUCGUGAAACAAUUACUCCUCUGGUCACCCAAACAUCGACGGACGAAAGUUGUCUCUCCAAGUCCUUUCCGAGUUGAGUGGAGGCUCGCCACCAGUCGACCGAGGCUUCAUAGUGAAUAUCGCGAGGGAGUUUACAUGCUCCGAGGAAGUGUUGGGACCGGGACAGCCGGAAGUCAGUGUUCCUGGAAGCUCGAUAACUAUGCCGGUGUUCAGUAUGUUCUCAAACUCAGCAUAACCCCAGCGCUUCCUUUCGUCGACAAUCUCCCUUCGUUUUCGCAUGAAGAAGUUGUAGAGCUCACUACGGAUAACUGGGGUAGUCUACACAGGGAGUUGACGUCCAUGGGUGGGCUACCAACGCCAGCAUUGGGCCUUGCCAAGGCACAAUCUCCAACUACAUGA